GAAAAGAACAAAAUUAUCAGGUUGUCGAUCUUUCAACUGUGCUUUAUCUGUAAUGUCAUUUGUAAUCUUGCUUUUUCCAAUAAGCAGAAUGCGAUGUUUAUUGUGGAAUCUUGUAUAUUUCUGCGCUAUCUCCGUGAUACUUUCCACGACCGACGUGACGAAACAUCCCAAUUGGUCGCUGUUUGAGAAACGAUGCGGCAAUUCGAACAGUGAUCGCAUUAUCGGGGGCAAGAACGCGAGUUUGGGAGCUUAUCCUUGGAUCGCGCGAAUUGGAUACAGCGAACCCGGCACGAAGGAGUUGAGUUACAGAUGCGGCGGCACUUUGAUCAAUCAACUUUACGUGCUCACGGCCGCCCACUGCGCGGCAAAUCUGCCGAAUAAUUUGAAGAUCAACGGAAUUCGUUUGGGCGAGCACAAUACAUUGACAGAAAUCGACUGCGUCAAAAGAUACUGCGCGGAACCGGUGCAGGACUUUCAGCCGGAAUCGGUGAUAGUUCACGAGAAUUACAACAAUCCACCGUACAGGCACGACAUAGCUCUGAUACGAUUGAACAAGCCGGCGGUUUUCAACGAUCACGUGAGGCCGAUAUGCAUGGUGAACGGUGAACUUUUGGAGAAAGACUUCUUCAACGAGACGAUGGAAGUCGCUGGUUGGGGAAUUUACGACAUCAGCGAUCCGAAACCCAGCACGACUCUGCUAACUGUUACGUUGCCGGUUGUCGAAGAGGAGAGGUGUGCAAAGUCCUUCAAAAAAUUCGCUAUCAUCGCGGAUACGCAGAUGUGCGUGGGUGGUGUCACGGGUCAGGACUCUUGCGGCGGCGACAGCGGCGGACCUCUGAUGAAAGUGAUCGGUUACAACGGACGUCCCAGAUAUUAUCUCCUCGGUAUCGUUUCUUUCGGUGCGACAUAUUGCGGCAGUUCCACGUCGCCCGCCGUCUACAGUAAGGUCGCCAAGUACAUGACGUGGAUUCUGGACCAUAUAUCGCCAAACAACAACAGCGAGUUUUUUCGAAUAAAUUUGUCAACAAUGUCGAUGAAGUCGACGUUGUCAUUUCUCUUCAAGUUUUCGGUUUUACUGAUCGGUGUUGGCAUCGAUGCGCAGUAUCAAAGUUCGCGAAUCACGGACUGCAGAGCCGAGGGUCAAUUAGGCACGUGCAUAAUCGCGCGGGAAUGUCCGAUGGUCGCCAGUAUCCUGCAACAAUCGCGCGAACAGGCCGUAAACUAUCUACGACGCAACCAUUGCGGCUACCGAGGCAAAGAUCCGAUGGUUUGCUGCAUCGGCGGCGCGAGCGUCAUCCCUCAGAACGAUAAUGUUAAUCCGAUGAAUCCAGGAAAUCCGGUGAAUCCAGGAAAUCCGGUGAAUCCAGGAAAUCCGGUGAAUCCGGAAAAUCCGAUGAAUCCGGGAAAUACGGUAGAUCAAGGAAAUCAAAUGAAUCCGGAGAAUCCGACGGUUUUCAAUCCCAACGAAAAUUUACGAGUCGACGUGAUCAAUCAUCCUCUGCUACCGUCGACCUGCGGUCGCGACUUGACCCAAAAAAUCGUCGGCGGCGAACGCACCGAACUCGGCGAAUUCCCUUGGAUGGCGCUGUUGGAGUACCAGAGACCGAACGGCGGAAAAUCCACAGCGUGCGGCGGUGUUCUGAUCAGCAAGCGUUACGUUCUUACCGCGGCUCACUGCGUCAAGGGCAAGGAAUUGUCGAAAUCUUAUCGUCUGACCAGCGUGCGUCUGGGCGAAUACAACACCGACACCGAACAGGAUUGCGUGCAGGACGACGUGAACAGCGAGAUUUGCGCCGACGAUCCGAUCACCGUUGGCGUGGAGGAACAGAUUGCUCACGAGAACUAUCAACCGAAUUCACGUGAUCAACGUUACGACAUCGCUUUGCUGCGAUUAAAUUACGACGUGCGAUUCACCACUUACAUCAAACCCAUUUGCUUGCCAACGAACUCGACGAUAAGCGACAAACUCUUUGUGGCCGGAUGGGGUAGGACCGAAGACAGCGUGUCCUCGAACGUGAAGCUAAAGUUGUCGUUACCGCUGACGGACAAGAAUGAUUGCGCUCAGACUUACGGCAACGCCGGCGUUCAAUUGGGACUUGGACAGAUUUGCGCGGGCGGUCAAAGAGGCAAGGAUUCGUGCCGAGGUGACUCGGGCGGUCCGCUGAUGACCAUCGAGAGACUCGUCGACGGCACCGCCAGAUGGACGUCCGUGGGCGUUGUGUCAUUUGGACCGUCGCCAUGCGGUCUUCAGGGUUGGCCAGGCGUGUACACCAAAGUAGCGGAUUUUGUUCCCUGGAUUCUUAGCAAAAUGAGACCGUAA